CAUUCCACUCUUGCACUGUCAUCCUAAACCUUAUCUCACUCCAUCCUCUUCUAUAAAUAGGAAUCACUGCUCCUCAUAAUCUUAAUCCAAGCUCAAAGUUCAACAAACCAACACCUUCAAGAUGCAAACAGCUUUAACCUUUGCUACCCCCAACGUUGUGCCUUUGGCACCUACAAAGACUGUCACCCAUCUCACCAACUUCCCUACCAAAUUGAAAUCCCCACGCUCCUCCCCUCGUUACUCUCCAAUUAGGGUUGCAACCGCCGAUCCUGACACUUCAACAGUGGACUAUAACUCGGCCUUCUCAGUGUUUCCAGCAGAAGCAUGUGAAACUGUGGGAGGGGAAGCCUGCAUGGCAGAGAUGUACCCUGAAGCCAAGCUGCAGCCACAAGCCAAGAACGACACACCACGCACAGCUACAGAGAACGUUGAGAGAGAGUAUCUUGAAUACAAUGAUCCUCAAACGGUAUUUCGGGGAGAGGCUUGUGAUGAUCUUGGAGGAACUUUCUGUGAGCCCGAGUUUCAGAAGAAUGUCUUCUAAACUUUUCAUAUCAACUUCUAGUGAUUGAAGUCUUUGGUUGUACAGUACUUAGAUAUAAACUCUGUUGAGUUUCGUAUAAAUUUUACAAUAAUUAUACACUAAAUUUCAUAGC